ACUGAAAUAAAACUCAUAUUAAUUUGUCUUUUUAUUUUCAUUUUGAUUUUUUUUCUUCUAUCGAUCUGUUUCUUUUAAAUCAUCUGGACCUCCGUAUUUUAUCAUAUUGGUUGUUUUUCCACGCUAAACCUUGGAGUGUGCUGUCUUUUAGAAGAGAAAGGCUUCCAGGGAUGGAGUCGAUGCCCGGACACCUUGGAGACGCGGGUCGGGACGCCAGCUCUUCUCCUGGUUUGAAGCAGGAUGCGCAGAGCUUUUCCGGGCCCAGUUCCCUGAAACCGAACCAAGUGAGCGAAACGUCCCUGUACGGGGUCCCCAUCGUGUGCCUGGUCAUAGACGGCAGGGAGAGACUCUGCCUGGCGCAGAUUUCCAACACCCUGCUGAAGAACUACAGCUACAACGAGAUCCACAACAGGCGGGUGGCUCUGGGCAUCACGUGCGUGCAGUGCACCCCCGUGCAGCUGGAGCUGCUGAGGCGCGCGGGGGCCAUGCCCAUCUCCUCCAGGCGCUGCGGCAUGAUCACCAAGCGCGAGGCCGAGAGGCUCUGCAAGUCGUUCCUGGGGGCACACAGCCCCCCGAAGCUGCCGGAGAACUUCGCCUUCGAUGUGUGUCACGAGUGCGCGUGGGGCUGCAGGGGCAGCUUCAUCCCGGCCAGAUACAACAGCUCCAGGGCCAAGUGCAUCAAGUGCAGCUUGUGUAACAUGUACUUCUCCCCCAACAAGUUCAUCUUCCACUCCCACCGCACCCCCGAGUCCAAGUACCUGCAGCCGGACGCGGCCAACUUCAACUCGUGGAGGCGGCACCUGAAGCUGUCGGACAAGAAGUCCUCUGACGACAUCAGCCACGCGUGGGAGGACGUGAAGGCCAUGUUCAACGGGGGGAGCAGGAAAAGGACUCUACCCAUGAACGGCUCCGGGAUGUCCUCGCCGCGGAAGCUGCACGCCCCGUCCAGUCUGUCCAGUUCCCCUGAGACCCCCCACAAAGCCCUGCGGUGCGAUGAGGAGCAGGGGGGCAAGAACUUGAGUCUGACGAGCAGCGCGCGGAGCUACCCGGUCAUCCCCGUGCCCAGCAAGAGUUUCGGCAUGCUGCAGAAGAUCCCCCCGCCCCUGUUCCCCCACCACCCGUACGGCUUCCCCAGCUACGGUUUGUGUCCGAAGAAAAGCGACGGGGUCGCGGACACGAACAAAACCAACGUGCCCGGCGUGUUCUGGCCGAGCGCCAAGGACGCGCUCUACCCGGCCUUCCCCAUGUUCUGGCCCGCAGCGGGCGGCCUCCCCAUGCCGCCCUACCCGGGCUCCCCACCCAAACCUCCUCUUCCAGAGCUGCCGGCCGUCCGGCAAGCGGAGCUGGACCUAUCGGACCAAAGCGACCGGUGCGCGAACACCCCCAAAGACCCCCACCCUCACCACCAGCGGGACGGCGGGGAGCGCAGCCCCGGCUCCCAGUCCUCCUCCACCCGGAACGACGAGGACAAGUCCGGGGACGAGGCCGCGCAGAGGAAGAUCAGCUACAUCUCCGCGUUCAGACCCGUCGUGAAGGACGCGGAGAGCAUCGCCAAACUCUACGGCAACCGGGACGGAUACGGCGCGCGCUCCGGGUACCUGUCCCCGGAUUUUAUCAGCGAGAGCUCCAGUUACAGAUCCCUGUCGCCGGACAGGGACAGCGUGGGGGACGAGGACGACGACCCGGACGUGGACGUGGAGUCCAACCGGGGACCAGAGGACGACGACGAGUCGAUCCGGAUCUCUCCGGGUCAGGACUCGUCAGCGCCACCAGAGGACCAGGAGCGGCACGCGGACACCUCGAGCCCCGGGCCGGCUCCGGCAGGAUCCCCGCAGCUCUCCGUCCACUCCGGGUCACCAGAUGAGCACAGACAGAUGAGGAACGGCUCCCCCCCUCACCAAGUGUACCCCCCUGAAAAGGACGGACAGGUGCUCCUCCUGCACGAACCUCCUCCCCCUCCUCCUUACGGCUCCAAACACUCCAGCAGCAGAUCCAGCGCUCAUCACGUGACUGAGACGCAACCCCAGCGCAGCGCCGCGUCCUAUGAGCCGAAGGACAGACAAGCUGGGGCUUUGCGCAUCGACAUCAGCGUGCACGAGAGAGAUCUGGAGAACAUGGCCAAAGAAGAGCUGCAGAAGCAGCUGGUGGAGCAGGUGGAGCUGAGGAAGAAGCUGGAGCGAGAAUUUCAGCAUUUAAAAGAUAAUUUCCAGGACCAAAUGAAGCGGGAGCUGUCCUACAGGGAGGAGAUGGUGCAGCAGCUGCAGAUUGUUCGAGAAGCUCACGACGCCCUUCAUCAUUUCUCCUGCAAGAUGCUUACUCCUCGUCAGUGCUCCGGAGCCUGCACCUUCAAGCCCCCGCUGCUGCCCCCUUAGUGCCACCCUGCAGCUGACCCCAGCACAGCCAAAAAUACAAAAGUAAAUUUUAAAAAAGAGAAAGAAACAAAGACGAAGAGCUCUUUAAGUGCUCACCUCCAACCCUGCUGUACAGAUUUAUCACUGAUUCUAGCACUUGUGAAGACGUGGAGACCCGGAGGAGACGGUUUGGACAGCGAUCCCCCCCAUGCCCCCCACUCUAAAGAACUGGACUCUUGUGUUAAAGAGAUCAGAAUGCAGCUCCUUUGUCGUUCAUCGCAGGACGGUUAAUCUGCAGCUGCACAGCUCAAACCAAGGAGUGUCGCUGAAUUCAAACUCUUUUGCUUAUCUCAGAAAGGAGAACACAAUGUACACACACAAACACACACAUAUAGGCUAUAUAUGUUAUGUGACAAUGUGCAAUGGCUUGUAUAAUUGUGAUAUUAAGUUCAAAACAAAACUCAUCGUUUAGUUUUUGUUGCUUUUUCGAUUAUGUUUUUACAUCCUUAUUAUUUAUCUGUUUAAUUUAUCGUGACUGUUGUUGAGCACUUUAAAACUUUUCUGAAUUUGACCAUGAUGUCCCGAACCAGAUUAUUUAAUUUCAUCGAAAUCGCCCUUGUGUUUUGAGAUGCAGCACAUUGAGGUCAGCAC